ACAACCUUGGGCGCCGGGCUCCAGCAUGUGAAUCUGGGGCAAGGAAUAGUACAUAAGAUUACAGAAGACCGGAACUGUCUUUGCAAUUGACUUUCGCAUUGGCUUUCUAAUGAUUUUCUGAACCCAAUCGAAUGAUGAAUUUUUUGUAAGAUACAAUACGGGUGAUAAUCACGAAUGAAGGUAACGCGAAUCCAUCGCAUUGUGGAAGCACGAUGACAUGCGAUGCGCGAUGCUCACUCAUCAAAGGGGGUGACACAGGGUGUGGUAGAUGUGUGUAACGCCAGAACCUUUGUAGCCGCCAAGCCCAGGUUUCGUCAUCUAUCAAAAGGAAAGAGCUAGGAGGUGAACCUCUCAACACCACUAUCUCAAGUUGCAUAGCACAAAUCAUCUCAUCACGAAAUACGGAUAAGGCCCAGCAAGAGGUAGGAAAGGAAAAUGGGAGUCCAAGAAAGCGCCUCACGGGCAUUGACUUAUGCGACGAGACAACUUGAUCGCAUCAUUAGUCCUUCGACGAGGAGAGAUGCGUGGGAGUAUGUGGUGUGCAACCUGAGAGAGAGACCAGUUCUUGGUGUACGUAUAGCCCUUUUCCCUCUACCCUCCUCUGUCUCCCCAUGAAAGACCAAGAAGCUAACGUACAGACACAAGUCUCUCCUCACCCUCCUCGCCCUCACUUGCCUCCCCCCUCUCCUCCUCUUUACAACCUUCUGCGCCUCCCUCCUCGCUUUCACGAUCGUAUCCGCCGUACUAUUCGUGGUCUUCUGGAUUGGUGUCGCUGCGCUCGUCCUCAUCCCCACGCUGUUUUUCACGAUCGGAGUGGGGUGUUGUGUUUGGGCCUGGGGAGUUGUUUGGUUUGUUGGUGGACGGUGGGUUUAUAAUUUGAUGAUUGGGGAGGGGGAGGACGGGAAGGAAAUGGGUGUUGUUGAGAGAGAGGGGAAGGGGGACAGGAAUGAGGGGAGUGAUGUGGUGGUUAAUGGAUUGGAUGGGGGUGCUGGGAAGAAGAAAGGGAGUGCUGUGCAAGUCGAGGUUUUUCCUGCGUUUGAGGAUGUGGAUUGUGUUGGUCUUAUGGGUGGGGGGAUGAAUUCUCCGUAAACCUGCUAGGGGUUGUCGAGAUGGGCUUCAUCGGGUGAAGUGUCACCUCUGGACUCAAAACGAUCAGGAAAAGUGCUUGAGGGAGUGUAUGAGGGGGAACAUUGAAAAGUUUGUUCAUUUCAUUUGGGAUUUGCGAGGCGGCUGGCUGGUAUGAUAAUUCGGGCUGGGCAAAAGCUAUGGAUCUGGAAUCUGCGAUUUGCGAUUCAGGCGUUUGGGGGGAUUUUUGGAAGAUUGCUAUGGAGGAAUCCUGCACUGAAUACGAUACCCGG